AUGAGUUUCCUUUCUAGUCUUGUAGUUCUUGCCAUACUAGUUGUUGGUUUACUAAACGCCGCGCCCUGUAUACUAUGCGGUUACCAAGGUGGAUAUCGGUUUAAUGACUAUGGAGGUAAGUUAGACAGUUAAAACAGUUUUAAAAUGUCGUAAACUUAUGCAAAAAAAGUAUAAAAAAUCGAUAUAAGUCUCAAGUUUGCCCUUUUUGAGUCUUGAUGCAUAAUGCCAAAAAUUUUGGCAAAUGCGCGGGAAAUUCAAAAUUCAAAUUUUUUAUCUUCGAAAUCACAGCCGCUGGCUGCCUAAUUCUCAUCAGUGAGCUCCUCAGCAAAUAUUUACCUAUUUUAGACAACAAUUUUUCAGUUUUUUUGACUUCUGGCCAUCAAAUGUCAAGUGCAAUAUAAAUUAGAGCCAAAUUUUGAUGAAAGAUAAGAUUUGACCACCGAAUCUUUUCACUCACAGAACAACAAUGUCCUAUAGAAUAUUUUAGGAUACUAAAGCCUCAAAAAAAAUUUUUUAUCAAACUUUUUCGCCACUUUUUAGCAAUUCAUCUAAAUUAACAUAAACCAUCAAAAAAAUCUCGAAUUUUUCAGCUCCCUACGGGUACGGCGGCUAUGGCUAUGGUGGAGAGGAUGGUGGGAUGCGCUACAAAACCUUGGAAGUGCUCGGAAUUCCGUUUACUCGCUAUCAAUACGGCCGAUACGACUAUGGAGAUGGUCCUUACGGCGGCGGAGGUUUUCACUCGACCGGGAGAGGAUUUUACAUCGGUAAAAAGUGA